UUAGCGUAAUUCUUUUCUUUAUUUUUUUUUUUUUUAUUUUUUUUCAAUUCGCAAAUAUCAUUCUAAUCAUCGCAGGUAUCGUUUAAAUACCGCACGAAUAUCUUAAUUAUUACAUGACAAGAUUUACAAGGACGAUAACAAUUUGGAUUCGACUAUAUAAUUCUUGGACGUACAAUUAUUACCGAGCGUACGGACGAAAAGUGGAAUUUAACUUUAAAGAUGGCGCACGUUAUUUCAGAUAUUUAUCUGGUUGUAGAAAAGAGUUAUAAUUUGUUUAAUAUUCGAAUAUCCUGCUUGGUGAUUCGUUGAUUAUAUAAAUUAUUCGUCGAAUCGGGGCAUCCUCUGUACAUUGCAGCUUAACAUCAACACGGACAUUAGUGAUAUCCUCUUUGUCGUUAUUUAUAAUAUUUACAAAAGUUAUAGAGAGAUAAUGCAAUAACGAUCCAACGAUCGUUUCGCUUAUACAGGAAUUAUUAUUAUCGUAUAGACUACACGUUCCACGUGACGUUAAAAAUCAUGAAAGAAAGAAAGAAAGAAAAAAUUCACGUUAAAACGGUACGAGAUAUCGGAUAUUGUACGAAAUAUAUUUAUCGAUAAACUUUCAUAAAUGUUAUUAUACUGAAUAUCGUUAAACACAUACAACGAGGCCUCUUGGUCUAGGGGUAUGAUUCCUGCUUUGGGUGCAGGAGGUCCCGGGUUCAAAUCCCGGAGGGGCCCGAUUAUUUUUUUCACUUCGCCUACACCAUUUCUUCUUUUUUCUUUUGAUAAAUUAUUAAUGCUCAUUGACAAGCGCUCGAUUUAUUAUUAACUAUGCUAAUAAUAAACGAGACAUAACAGUAAUUUAUUAUCGUCACUUUUACAUUCCGUGUUAAAAGUCACUUCGAUAUAACGAUCAAGAACUUUAUCCUUUUCUCUCUCUCUCCCUCUUCUUCUCCGACAAAAUCUCUUUAAUCGAAUUAAACGAAUAAAGCGAAUAAAAAUUCGGGAGACUUUCUAGAAAGUGGAAUAAGUAAUUCGGUAGGAACUUCGUAAUGGAAGGUCGUCGCUUAGAACUCGUUGAAUUUGCCGCGUCGAGCACUCUCCUUCGCGCAAUAAGAAAGAUGGCGGUCGCGUCGCAGUGCGCAUGUACGGCUUCCAAAUGGUCGAGCAAAAACACAGCUGGUCUAUGAUCUCCGAGGCAGCUGACGGUCGAACGCUCUCGACGUGAUUUCGCGUGUGUGUUUCCGACCGAUCCGCAGAGUUCACACAGAGAUCGGUGUAAGAGUCGGAUUCGAAGAGAGCUUUCGUUAGAGGUUAACUAGGUGUUAAGUAGGAAAGGAAAACGACGUGUGCCGGAUCCGAGGAGGCAGUGAUAGUGAUACGUUUUUGUGUGAGCUUAAAUGUGUAUGAAGCUCGUACGUUCGUCUCGGUGUCGCCACGAGGGGAGGUUCGUUCUUCGUCCCUGGGAUACAAAGGAGUCGAGGAACUGGCUGCUUCUAGCGUCCCUAAGAAACGCACGAGUAAAGAUGCAUUUGCGAUUGUAACGCACAAGGGCACUUACCUCUCGAGUAAGAGAAAUUACUCGAGCGGCUCCUACCGAUAUCGCCGUAUUGUCCGCGUGAAUCGCGGCACAUUGUGUUAGUUAAACAAUGAAGGAGGCUACGUAAAGGUCAGAAGCACCAGAGCACUAUGCAGUUGAAUUCGUAAUAGUCGGACCGACUUAAAGGAAUAGGGGGAAGAGGAAUAGGAAGUGCUCGGGGAAAGUGGCGAUAGAUGAUACAAAAAAUGGCAUCCACCAGUGGACACAAGAGGAACGGCUCGAGCUCGAGCAUGUUCGCUCACAAGCGAACCGAAUCCGGAGGUGGCUUCAUCGGUCACAAACGAUCCGAAAGCGGUCACAAACGGGCCGAAAGCAUAUCCAGUGCCUUUGGCCACAAGCGUUCCGAGAGUGGCCACAAAAGGAAUGAAAGUGGUGGUGGUUUUGGCCAUAAGAGGUCCGAGUCCGGUAGCAAUUAUCACGCGGGACAUCGACGGAACGAGAGCAUGUAUGCCAUGACAGGACUGUACGCCGAAAGUGCUGGCACGGGAACCGAUGAAAACGCGGAUCCUCUGCAACCAAGUGGUAGCAGACUGACUCAUGACACCGUAAUAAGAUGUCAUAGUAGAAACCCAAGUUCCGGCCUUGUGGAUCAUAGAGACUUUAUCAUCAAAUGUCACAGCAGGAAUCCCAGUGCUUCCAUGGUGGACAGGACCGAGAAAGAAAGGGCCCAAACGCCACCGUUCAAUCCAGACUCGAAGGACUGCGGAAUUCUAAGCUGUAGGCCCGCCUUCAUCCAAAGAUUCGCCGGGAUAAAGGUGUUCGUGUUCCUCCUUUCAUUCCUCGUAACUCUACAACAAGCACUUAGUUCUGGUUAUAUCAAUUCUGUGAUCACAACUAUAGAAAAAAGGUUUGAAAUCCCGUCCAGCCUCUCGGGCCUCAUCGCCAGCUCAUACGAAAUAGGCAACGUCAUUACUGUCAUCUUCGUGAGCUAUCUCGGUAGUCGCAGACAUAUCCCUGUUUGGAUAGCCAUUGGUGCUGUUAUCAUGGGACUGGGAUCGAUGAUCUUUAUGGUACCGCAUUUUACCGCCGAGCCUAAUUUAACGACGACGUCGAACAAUUCGAGCUCGGACAACAUUUGUCGUGGGGUGUCGUUGCGCGAACAGGACAUGGGACUCGGACGAUUGUCAUCGGGUUUAUCGUCGCCGCACAACAAUUUGAGAGGCGACAAUUGUAUACAAGGAUCUCCAUCGAACGCCGGUCCUGUUAUGCUCUUUGUGCUUGCUCAGUUAUUGCUAGGUUGCGGUGGUUCUCCUCUAUUUACUCUCGGUACCACUUAUAUAGACGAUCACGUGAGACCAGAGAGUGCUUCUUUGUACAUCGGAUGUAUGUACAGUAUGGCGGCUUUUGGACCAGUAUUAGGUUUUCUGCUUGGGGCAUAUCUCCUGUCGUUCCACAUGGACUCUUUCUCCGGGACGAUUAUUAGUAUCGAUCCCGGAGAUCAUCGAUGGGUCGGAAUGUGGUGGGGCGGAUUCUUGCUCUGCGGUUUACUACUGAUAAUGGUGGCAAUACCGUUCUUUAGUUUCCCUAAAACAUUGCAACACGAGAAGGAGAAAAUAAGGAUCAUCGAGAAAAACAAAUCCACCUCUCAGAAGGAGAAAGAGCAAUCCAAGGAACCGAAGAAGGAGAAACUGGAUGAUACUGGAUACGGUAAAGACGUGAAAGAUAUCCCGCGUAGCAUGUGGAGACUGGUUUGCAAUCCUGUAUACGUGGUGACCUGUUUGGGCGCUUGUAUGGAAUUGGUGAUCGUCUCGGGCUUCGUUGUUUUUCUACCGAAAUAUCUCGAAACGCAAUUCAGCCUGGGAAAGAGUCAGGCGAGCAUAUUUACCGGCUCGAUAGCUAUACCGGGUGCGUGCAUCGGUAUCUUCUUCGGUGGAUGCUUGUUGAAACGAUUGGAACUGAGGCCUAAAGGCGCUGUUCAGUUUGUUCUUGUCUCCAACAUAAUAUGUUUGGUUUGUUACGGUCUCUUAUUUUUCUUGGGUUGCGACAACGUGAAAAUGGCCGGGACCACUAUACCGUACUUUAACAGCAGCACGAAAGGUCCAGAACCUUUCCAAGUAAAUCUCACUGCCGCAUGCAACUUCGGUUGUGAAUGUCGAAUGACCGACGUCGAGCCGGUCUGUGGAAAUAACGGCCUGACGUACUUCAGUCCUUGUCACGCUGGAUGUACAGCCUUCAGUUCGAAAUCUAACUUUACGAAUUGCGCAUGUAUACACGGUAAUUUAACCAUGCUGCCACCAGCAGCGCCAGAAUUCGCGGAAGUAACCGUGGUGCCGGUAGCGACUGCUGGUCCGUGUACUUCGCCCUGCAGAACGAUAUUUCCCUUUUUGAUUCUUCUAUUCUUCAUGACGUUUAUCGUGGCGGUAACCCAAAUGCCUUUGUUGAUGAUAGUUUUAAGAUCCGUAUCGGAGGAAGAACGUUCGUUCGCUCUUGGUAUGCAAUUCGUAAUCUUCAGACUGUUCGGUUAUAUACCAGCGCCUAUUCUUUUUGGUAAUUUGAUAGAUUCGACGUGUUUAUUAUGGAAAAGUACUUGCGGCGAGAAAGGCGGCCGAUGUCUCUUGUACGACAUCGAACAAUUUCGUUAUAGGUACGUUGGUCUUUGCGCUGGCAUAAAAAUCUUGGCACUAGCAUUGUUUCUGGUUGAUUGGUGGCUCGUAAGAAGGAGAAGACAAAUGGAGGAUCAGGCUCCUUCCUUCACCGUCAAUGAGUUCGUAGGAUCGAUUAUUAGUCUCGACAAAUUAUUCGAGGAAAAACCUCAUCAACAUAAUUUAGGGGAUGGCGAUGUGAAUUCACCGAGCUCGGACGGAUUAACGCCAUCCUCUGUUUCUUCGCCCACGGAGCCUACGAAGUCGACGAAUCUCGAGGAAACGGAAUCUUCAAAUCACACGCAGGAAUCGAAUGAAACGGCGAAUCGUUCGAAAAACGUGAUGGACGUCGAUGUACCGGACACGAGGCAAUCAGCACCGUUUGCCACGCACGAACAGGAAGUAGAUACGAAGCCUUCGAUUGGUAAAUCAGAAAGUCGUGAUCAGAAUGUUUAAUGUUUAUUUCGGACUAGGAAUUAUAUAAAUAAAUCUAUCGAAUUGGUGAUAAGAAAAUUUGUGACAAAUUAUUAGAGAAUUCAUUGUAAAUAUGAAGUGUUCAUUGUUGAGAAGCGCGCACUACUAAUCUUUACAGUCAUAGAACCGAUGUAUACGACUGUCGCACUCGAUGAAUAACGAAGAAAUGUGACUUUCGGUGCUCGUGAAUAUGUUUCGAAGAGAUUGAUAUAAACGGAGUGGAACGAACUUGCAGUCAAUAUUUUUCUGUUAACGCGAUCGUCGCGCUCAGCAUGCGAUCAAACUCGAUAGAAAUAUAUAUAUAUAUAUGUGUGUGUGUAUAGAUAUAGGUAUAUAUAUAUAUAUAUAUCAUAUAUAUCGGAUUAGUUUUCUAUGUAUUCGUAUAUUUCACGUAAAAUGCAUAAGUAGCUAUAAAAUAUUAAACUCUUGUAUUUGAAAAAAGAGUGCUGUUCAUCUUCCGUAAUAAUUUGUCACAGAUUUCAAUGAAAUGGUUUAGCUAUUAUAAGAAGAUGAUAUCAGUAAGUGUACAUUUUUAUGGCAUUGCGAUGUGUAAAUAGUUUAAUGAUAGGUUGUACGACUCGUUUAAAGAGUGCAGUUCGAGACUAUACCGUUAUUGUGUGGCUGAAUCUAUACUGUUUUUACUCUAAACGAUACAUUAUACGAAACGAUAGCACAAGAUAAGGCUAAAGAUUAAGUACACGGAGAAACGAUGCGAUUUGUCAUCGUCUUUGGUACAAGUUUCGAGAAACGAGCCUUGAUCGCGACUGCUACGUAAAACAAAAGGCCAACGCGAAGACGAAAUUGUAAAUAUAAAAAUCCUGCCUUAAGAACUACAAGACUAGACAAAACUUAAAGUUAAAUAUAAUUAACUAAGUUAACGAAACUAAUGAUCUAUAUAUUUAAACAUUAUUAUCCGCAGAUCAAGAGCUGAGAUUUAUUUUAUAACUAGAUUUUAGGCUUUCUCACAAAAAAAGUAGUCAAUUUAGAAAUAGCAAAGAUUAAAAUGACGAAAAUCAUAGUUGAAUCAAUAGGAUACAAUUGAAUGGUGUAGUAGAGUUUUAUCUUAUCCUUUCUCAUAGAUAUAUUAUACACACGGUCAUAAUCCCACGCUUUGAAAAGAGCGGCACGUGAUCUCCGAUGAUUGUUUCUUCGGCUUCUUAAGUAAAUGUAUUUUAUAGAAUCUCAAGGUAAUAUCACUUGCGGAAAAAUGGCUUUCGUGGAAAACGAAUUCUUUUUCUCUCUUUUUUUUUUUUUUCUUUUUUCUUUCCCUUUCUUAUUUUUUUCUUUUCUUUUCGAUAUGAUAUUUAUCGAUACGGUAUUUUGUAGAAUGAAAGAUGCUUCCAAGCAACGAGAAUCUAUAUCAUUUUCCGAACGUAAACUCUCGAUGGAUCGAGAAUCAUCGAUCGGAUUUCAAUAUCGAUCUAUGGGACCUUACUGUCUCCGAUAAGUUUUUGGCUUCGAUGCAAUUAGCUCGCUCGUCACGAGGAUGCUACUAGUUUUGUACCUGAAAGCCUCUCGAAUCAAUUUCGAUGUAUAAAAGAUGAAGAUGACGAUGAAAAUGACGAUUACGACUACGACGACGACGACGACGACGACGACGAUGACGACGACGAUAAUUAUGAUGAUGAUGAUGAUGAUGACGAUGAUGAGGAAGGAGAAGGAAGAACAAAAAAAACUAGAAAGAAACUAUAUAACUCACUCAGGAAUGAAAUUCUAUAGAGAGUAAGGGCACUUUUAAUUUAAUUCAGAAUAUAACAUGAAACGGAGAAAAAAAACGAGUGUAAGAAUAUAUUAUAUAAAUAUAUAUCUCUCGAAGCCAGGAAAAAUUUUGCCUUAGCUUACGAAGAAAGUACGAUCAAUUGAUUUGAAGUUUUUAUUUUGGAUAUUUUCAACUUUCUUAUCCGCUCGACGUAAAUCUUUUCGCAAAAUGGAGUUACGUCAGACAACGUUAACAAAGAAAUAGAAAAAGAAAAAGAAAAAAUGUCAAAGAAAAAUGAUUUAACGUGCUUUUCUAUAUAGGAAACGUAGUCUCUCUCGAUGGGUAUAUUCAAAGAAAAUUCAGAACCCUGCGAUGCCGCAAAUGUAAACUUUGUGCAAACUACUUACGUUCGCGUUUUCACACGUAUAUUUAUCACACGGUAUCACUCUUGCUGUUUGGUCCGUCACUGUCAAUUUUUCAAAGUGUAGUCUACACGCUACUAUAUUUUAGAGGCAAUUUUCACGUUUGAUGUAAAACGAUUCCUCAAAGCCGACCGUUCGCAUCGUUUUUUCGAGACGGCGAUGAUCUCUCUAAUGACUACGUUAUUGCGAUGCACUUAUAUAUAAUAUAUAUAUUAUAUAUUAUAUUAUAUAUAUAUACCUAUAUAACUUUGUGAUAUAAAUUUCUUCCGAGCGGUAGACUUUGACGAACGCCCGUAGAUCGUAACAAAGAAGUGCUGUGAAUAGAGGAAGAGAAAGAGAAAGAGAAAGAGGAAGAAGAAGAAGAAGAAGAAGAAGAAAAAAACGAAAGAAAAUCUAAGUACAUAUACAUAAAUAAAUGGCAAAUCAAACUCAGUUCAACUUACACGUCGAAGAGAACGGAGAAGCAACCUCCACUUCGGACACUUGCAAUUGUACAUAAAAUUAUAGUUAGAGAAAGAGAGAGAGAAAGAGAUAGAUUAAAUACCGUGCGAUUCGAGGCAUUUUUGCGUGUUCGAAGUCGCAGUCGUGUUGCCGCUUCGAUGUUUCUUUCAUUUUAAUUCCAGAAUGAAGAUUUAUCGAACCGAUUUUACACGGCUGGCACGAUAUAAUAAGUAUAACGACUCUUGCGUUACUUAAGUACUUUUGUAAGAAUUUUAUUUUUGAAUGAUUAUUUUUUAAUUAUCUCCCAGUAUAUUUGUCUAUCUUUUUACUUUGUUCUCUCUUCUCACGACGACACGUAGUUCGUUAUGUUUUUUCGUCGAUCGUAUUAACGUGAAACGUUCUAAUUGAAUGAUUGUCUUUUAAUUAAUCUCCUGUUAACGUCAAUAUACACCCAUACUAUCGACAGAAUAACUGCGAUAACUAUUAAUACCGAUACUACUCGCUAAAAUUAGUACUAUUACUACUACUACUACUACUACUACUACUACUACUACUAUUACUAUUAUUAUUACUACUAUUACUACUACUAUUACGAUUACUCUUAUCGCUAUUAUAUUGUUAUAUAUUUAAUUACUAUGAUGAUUAUGAUUUUAGUCUUGAAUUUUCUUGUCACGAGACCGUAGUGCGUACGUAACAUUCCCAAGCGCGGCAGUAAUCUGGAUUGAAAAUAUUAAAUAGCAAAAGAAAAAUAAAUACGAUCAAGUAUUAGAUAGGGUUUACUAUAGUGAUAAAAUUUAAAUCUAAAAAUGUUAUGUUAUAAUGUAUAUAUAAAUAUAUAUAUAUAUGUAUGUAUACCGUACAUGUAUAUAUGUUUAUAUAUAUAUAUAUACAUCAUAUAUAUGUAUGGUUAUCGUCACAAUGUAAACUGCUUAUAGAUGUAAUGUAUUUUUUGUAGGGACCAUAAAUAUAAGCAGAAACAAUAUACAUAUAUAACAAGUUUCAAUCGGUACCGAAAGUGCGGAGAGAGCAGGCACGAUAAAGUAUGUCAAAUUCGUGAAAGCAAUACAUGCGUGGCACGAGAAGUUCCUGGAAAUAAUCGAUUUGAUGUUCGCGUAUAUAAAUAUAAACGUAAUAAAUAUAUACGUUCGUAUAAAAACGUAUACAUAUUGACAAAAAAAAAAAAUUAAAAAACUAAUAAUAAAAAAAAUAUAUUUAUAUUCGUGUAUAUAUCACGUGAUGAUAUAUAACGUUAAUCGUAUUAAAUGUUAACGAUAGAGAGAAAGAGAGAGAGAGGGAGAAAUAGAAUACCAUAAAAAAAACGGAAUUCUUUUCUCUUCUUGUGCGGAACUAUGCACGCUAAUGCGUUUUAUUUUGUUGAAUGAAAAAUAUCAUAUUUAAGGUAUGAAAAUAAAUGAGAUAUAACGCGCUACACCGAUCUUCUAGGAACUUCUCCGCGGGAGCAACAAUUAAUUAAUUAAAGAACGAGAUUACGGAUCGCAAAGGAAAACGGAGAAAAAAUGUGAGAAACGGAAGGAAAUUAAAAAUAAAUCAAGGAUGCCGAUAGUUUCCAUUGAUGAAAGAAGUUUUAUCGGACUUCGUUGCGUUAUGCAUCCUUUCGGUGAUAAAUUGAAAAAUAAAUCAGUGCACCUCUUAUGAUCGUAAUCGCGUUACUGGAAGUAUGCCUUAAACUGCAAUGGAGUUAAAGAAAUAUGGGAUAGUAAAGAAAAAUGAAGAUAAAUCUAUGCGUAGACAGGAAUAUACAUUACAUAAAUUUUAAUUGUGAUCGCGAACGACUACGAACGUCGUCGAGCGUGUUUCCCACUACGUAUUUUGCGUGGUCUCGUAAAAAAACAAUGCUGGAUUUCAAUGGAAAGCUUUCCUACCAUAUCAAAAUCUUCAGUUUUUAACAAUGGAAAUUGAUAAUCUCGCGUGUUACGUAAUAUCUACGUUUAGGAAAAAUAAUAGAAGUAAGUCUUCUAUUGAAGUUCAAUGAAACGUUACAAAUGGAUCUUCAGUCUAUCGAAUUUCGUUGUAGAAUUAUUAUUAUCAUUAUUAUUAUUACUAUUAUUAUUAUUAUUAUUAUUAUUAUUAUUAUUAUUAUUAUUAUUAUUAUUAUUAAAUAGAUAUAUCAAUAACUAUCUCGCGAUAAGGAGGAUCGUUAAAUGAAUCGAAAAAUGAAUUUAUAAAAACGAUCUAACACGAUUCGAAUUUAAGUUACGUGUAGUAUCAAUUCUGAACACUCGAAGCUCUUCUGCGGUUUCAUUAAAGUACACCAGAACAAUCUCGAAUUCGUUUCUUAUCAUUGCAAACCAAUUUGCAAAGGAUGGUCGAUUGCCUUAUAAUUAAUUUCUCUCUUCUUAUUAUCAAUGAAUCCUUUUAAGAUCAAGUAUUUCAUUUUUGCCAUGCUAUAUAUACAAAAAUUAUGGAUGCAUUGUUAAGUACAUUAAGAGAUAAUAAUCACAAUGGUCGAGAUUGCCUUCUACUCAAUUUUAUUUAAACCUUAAUUUUUCAAAAAGAGAUAAGGCACAAACAAAUAAUGUAUUUACAAUGAAUAAAUGUUUUGAAAACUGUUA